AUGGAUAUUCAUUCAAAUAGAAAAAUUAAAAAGUGGGUGUAUUCAAUCAGAAUUCAAAGUCAAACUUGUUUAGAGAUCAGAAAAUAUAGAAAAAGAAAUUAUAUUUCAAUUGAUGAUACAACUCCUAUUUAUACUUUAGAUUGUCACUUUGCUAAAGAUGUAUAUACACCAAAAACAUAA